GCCCCACCCCCUCCCGCCCGCGGGGGCGAGCGAGAGCCCGGCCCUCUGGGCGCGGGGGCGCGCGGGAGCCCAGCCCCCUGGCGGCGCGCCCCGGCGUGCGGCCGCGCUGUCGCAGCAGGCCACUCGCCGCCGGCCGCCAUGGGGAACGGCAUGAACAAGAUCCUGCCUGGCUUGUACAUCGGCAACUUCAAAGAUGCCAGAGAUGUGGAACAAUUGAGCAAGAACAAGGUGACACACAUUCUGUCUGUCCAUGAUAGUGCCAGGCCCAUGUUGGAGGGAGUUAAAUACCUGUGCAUUCCAGCAGCGGAUUCGCCAUCUCAAAACCUGACAAGACACUUCAAAGAAAGCAUUAAAUUCAUCCACGAGUGCCGAUUGCAGGGGGAAGGCUGCCUUGUGCACUGCCUGGCUGGGGUCUCCAGGAGCGUGACACUGGUGAUCGCGUACAUCAUGACUGUCACCGACUUCGGCUGGGAGGACGCCCUGCACACUGUGCGUGCGGGGAGAUCCUGUGCCAACCCAAACCUGGGCUUCCAGCGGCAGCUGCAGGAGUUUGAGCAGCACGAGGUCCACCAGUACCGGCGGUGGCUGAGGGAAGUGUACGGAGAGAACCCUUUGCGGGAUGCAGAAGAAGCCAAAACCAUUCUGGGUAAAUACAAAGAGCAAGGGCGCGUGGACUCGCAGCCGGGCGCCAGGCGGUGGAGCAGCUUCUCGGCCCUGCCUCCUCUGGCCUACAACUCUCCACCGGAGACCUAGAGCAGAGGGAUCUGCGCGCCUGCCUGCCGCUUGUCCUCCGUGCCGCAGUGGCUGCGUGGUGGUUUGCCAGCUGCUGCCCCAGAACCGAGGGGCUGCCUGGAGGCCUGGACUCCGCCCAGCCCUGCUCCAAGCGCCUGCGCUCCGCCCUCCUGCGUCCUGACCUCGCCUGCCAGCGGGUGCUUCCCGGCCCGGCUGCCACACACCGCAUGUGCACGUGCGCGUGUGUGUGCGCGGCACGGUGAGGUUGUGUGCUCACGAGUGUGUACAAGUGUGUGCAUCACAGGAGCACACGUGUGUGAAUGCUGGAUGCUCGCGUUGCCGGAAGUCAAAUCCGAGCUGCCGGGGUUGGCGUGGCCGCUUUUCCCUCCCUGCUCUCCACGGACAAGGCCCUUGCGCCCAACUGCGGAGAAGCUGUGGGUCGCAGCGUCUGCACCGUGAACAGACAGCAGAGGUGACUGGGGCUGCGCAGCUGGGAGCCGGGCUCUCCCGGAACCUGCGGGCCCUUCUCCAGGAGGCUGCGCCAGGGCCCUUGGCAGUGAGGGUGCCCCGCAGGGGAACGCUUGGCGCACUGACUCAGGCCAGGCUGAGUGCUGCAGGUCCUGGGCCCCCUGCCGCCCGCGUGGGCCCUGUCAGCCUGCCGCGUCCCCGAGGUCCGCUCGGUGCUCUGGUUGCUUCUGCGGUUCUUCAGCCAAAGCUUUUCUGGUCAGAGGACCCUUGCAUUCCCCUCCUGCCCGCUUCGCGCAGUCCCAGCCUCUCUCUUGCCGUGCUCCCUGGCAGGGCCCCUUCCUAAGGUCUGCAUGCACCUGCAGGAACUGGGAAGAAAGCAUUUAUUAGGCGCUGUAGCCAUUUGCAUUUAAAAAUGCCUGAGCAUUUAUUCAGCUCCUUGAUGUACGCUGUGGAUUUGGUGUUUGAUCUCAGCUACCUCAUUAAAUGUCUUCUGAAAAGGUG